UGGCCGCCGCCAUCAUGGCUCCGUGGCCGCCCCUUCCGCUACCGGGGCAGGGGCCGGGGGGCAGCGAGAUGGCGGCGGUGGCCGCAGCCCGGCGGCGGGCGGCAGCUUUCUUGUUUUCAUCUGCAGUUCGGCACCAGAGUUCCCAGAGCACUGCAGUGCGGGAAGGACUUGUUGCCAGAACAUCUCUAACUUCACCGCCAUGGCCUGAAGUGAAACUGCCAGAUCCAACAGAAGAAGCAAAGUAUCAUGCAGAAGUGGUACAAAAGGUGAACAAUAUGAUCGCAGCAGGGCAGUACGGAAGGCUCUUUGCCGUGGUCCACUUUGCCAGCAAGCAGUGGAAAAUAACCAGUGAAGACUUGAUUAUGAUGGACAACGUGCUGGAGGCUGAAUGUGGAGACCGAAUCCGGAUGGAAAAGGUUUUGCUGGUUGGUGCAGAUGAUUUCACGCUUAUUGGAAGGCCGCUCCUUGGGAAAGAACUCGUCCGUGUGGAGGCUACUGUGAUUGAAAAGACGGAGUCGUGGCCAAAAAUUAACGUGCGCUUCUGGAAAAGGCACAAUUAUCAAAAGAAGAAAAUCAUCACAAACCCGCAGACCGUCCUCCGGAUAAACACCAUAGAAAUUUUCCCCUGUUUGUCAUGAUUGAUUGAUUGAUCGGGUGUUGUAUGGCUUAGGCUUAUUGUUGCUUUAGGCAAUUUUGGAAAUAAAACUGCUUCGUCAUUGGAAACUUCUGGACUUCUUGCUAUUGUCUACAAUGGAAAUCUAUAUGUAAUUUCUUUUUUAAAAAGCAAAAUGAAAUGGUUUUGUUAACUAUUA